AUGGCGACGGCGCAGCUAACGGACGAUGACUUCUCUGAGUUAAAGAGCUUUGGAUUCAUUCCAGGCCCGGUUUCCGAGAGCACGAGACCGGUUUAUUUGAAAAAACUAAAGAAACUACGUGAGGAACAACAACAGAAAGGAACCAGGGCGGGGAAAAACCGAAACAGUGGCAGCAUCAUCAACAACAGUAGCGGCGGACACGGCAGCUACACAGCGGCGGGAGCUUCGGGAUUCGGAACCAGGCCAGCUAGCCGUGACGUCAAGCACCUGAGCCCUAGCAGAAAGCGAACUGGUGGAGCGGGGAAGUUCGGAUUGGGCUUUAGCUCGGACGAAUCGGACGUGGACGACCCGAAGAAGAAACGAGGAGCGAACCACAGCGGUAGGAGAGACCGAGGCCCCGCGUACCAACAACAACAGCAGAUCAGGCCUACAACGGGAGCUGCCUCCGCCACUCGAAAAGCCUGGGAGUCGCUGCCGGGAAAAUCGAGCCUCGAGGUCUCGCGGGCCGCGGAAGUGAAGGAUUACGACGAAGAGCCCGAAGAGGAAGGCGAUUUUCAGGGGGAGACGGAGAGAGACAGUCGGUCUCUGAAUGGGAACAGGGCGUCUUACUCACUGAAACACCAGUAGUAAGAUAGUCGGAGUUACUCGGAUUCGGAAGAGGAGGAAGAGGAAGAAGGGGAGAUAUUAUAUGGGCAGGACCGUCAACGAGACCGGCGUUUACAGCAACACUACUCCAGACGGAGUCACUCCUCCAAGCCGUCUCCCCACAGAAGUGCCAGGGGGUCAGAGAGCGGCCAGGAAACGACUUUAGGCAUGGAAAUCAGGCAAAAUGACACGCCUGGCGCUAGUAGGAGUCGACUAGACAUGARGGGAGGCCGGGGGGAGGAGGAGGAUGAAGAGGGAAAGAAGCGAGGCCCCGGCGAAUCGUCCCUGAGCGGGAGCUUGCUGCGACGCCAUUACCCCAGGGGGGCCAUCUACGUGUCGGCUGUGACGGGGGAGAGCGACCGCGGSAGCCCCGGGGAAAGCAGCGGCAACAAUUCCCCGUCCUCCGCCUACAACAAAAACCACAUCGACAGCGGGGAUGGCGCCACUAGCAGCAGCAGUAGUAGCCGAUUCAGCAUCGGCCUGAGACCGCGAUUCUCCAACUACAACAGUCUAUCCGCUACUUACCGAUCCAACCAUUCAAAUCAUAGCGGUCCCAACCAUGCCUACAGCCAGGCGAGUCUCAAGCAGAAGCACACGGUGCCGGAGGAUGAGCUGCUCCAGCAAUUCAAGCGGGAGGAGGUGGGGUCGUCCACCGGUGGUUGGGGGUUCAGCGCCCACUACCUGUCCAUGUUCUUGCUCAUGGCCGCCUGCCUGUUCUUCCUCCUGCUCGGCCUCAUGUAUCUCCGGAUGAGGGGGUCUGGAGCCUCUGAGGUCGAUGUUGUCA